AUUUAAUAAUAAUAUUGUUUACAAUCAUUUUUAAUUUAUGAAAUCCGCAAAAUAUAUGUUUUAGAAUUUAUUACACAUACGGAGUAAUAAGAUAUCACCCUUGCCAGCCAAUAGAUGGGAAUGAACCCUUCAACCAAGAUAUUCUUUCAAAAUCAUGGUCAUAGCAGAUGAAAUUCCAUGUUUUGAUUCAAAUAUAUAGAUAUUAUUGCUAUCAAGAAAUAGGAAAAGAAACGAUUUACUUUCAAUAAUAAAUCCUUCUUGAAAAUGGGAAAAGUCCAAAUAGUUUUAUCAUGAUUCAACCACGCCUAAGCCUUCCUCACUGGUCAAAAUAGAACCCCUGCAUCUCAAAUCUGGAAACAAUGUUAAACACAUGCCUUGUAUUCCAGGAGAAGCUCGCAGCCUAGCAGAUGGAGCCUCCCGAAGAGCUAGUGAAGUCAUCAUCGAAAGUCCUGAUGCAGCCAUCCCUCAAUCCGCUGAGUGUCUCCAUCGGGAGUUAGGUUCAUCUCAGACCGGCAUAUCCCCGCGAAGAAAAAAUCAGCCCGACGAUCUCGCAGCCCCUUGGAUCUGGUUACAGACUUACAGUCCACUGUCCACAUGCACCGACCUACCGUCUCCGCCGUUUCCUACCUUGAGGUUUCUCCUUUCAGUCGUCCGGGGACCAGGAUUCACCAUCGGCAGUGGUGCGGUCACUUCGGCGUAGGGUGGGUGGGUGGGUGUCACUCAGCCGCCUCUGUUACAGCCUCCGCCGUCGCAUUCGGGAGCUAGAUCUGUUGGCCGCUUCCAUUUGCAUGCCUUUUGUGUUGGCAGACGGCACCUGAGUUCAGAUUACGAUUGCCUCAGUUGGAGUUUCGAGUGUUUGCAGCCGCCUCACCGGAUUCGCCAGAACUCUCACAACAACCACACUGAAAAAAUUGGAUGUGAAUUAAAAGGUUCAAGUCAUUAUAAUGGGCACAGGAAACGAAGUGUUAGUUGGCCAAAUUUUCUUGUUUCAAGAGAAAGAAGAUUCGGAUGUUGACUCUGAC